AGUGCAACUUAGCCAAGGUCUUAUUCAAGCCCAUUAAUAGUGACUUUCCAAAAGUUCUUUUUAUUAUCUCUCCCAUCCUUUUUCCCAUACUGCCAUACAUGAGAAAAAAUGGACGGUUGAUGGAAUCUGAAGGAGAACAUCAAAUCCCUUUUUUAUCUCUAUCUUUCUCGAUCUCUCCCUCUCCAUCUUCUUCUUCUUCUUCUUCUUCUUCAAAACAAAUUGCAUAGGAAGAGGGACACACUAGUAGUGGUAGAUCUCUAGAGAGAAUAAUAGCGUGAGUUGGAUGAUUGUUGGAUGGUCUAUUUUGUGUCCACAAAUACCCAUCUGAUAGAACAAACCAUUUCCAUUUUCUGCAACUCUCCUGUGCAGAACUAUACCAAAGAAUCGUGUGAAUUCAACCAGAGGAGAAAAAGAAAAAGAAAAAAUUGUUGUUUCCACCCUUGUUUAUCUACUUCUCCUAAGUUUCCUUACCAGCUUUCAACCACGGAGUUUCCGAAUCAAGCCUCGGAGGGGUCUUCCCAAAGAAAAAUGGGAAGAGGGAAGAUCGAAAUUAAGCGGAUCGAGAACACCACUAAUCGACAAGUCACCUUCUGUAAGCGCCGCAACGGCUUGCUCAAAAAGGCCUAUGAAUUAUCGGUCUUAUGUGAUGCAGAAGUUGCUCUCAUCGUCUUCUCCAGCCGUGGCCGCCUCUAUGAAUAUGCUAACAACAGUGUGAGAACGACAAUCGAAAGGUACAAAAAAGUGUGUUCUGAUUCCUCCAAUACCGGAUCUGUUUCUGAAGCUAAUGCUCAGUUUUACCAGCAAGAAGCCUCCAAAUUGCGCCGUCAAAUCAGGGAUAUACAGAAUUUGAACAGGCAUAUCCUGGGUGAGGCUCUUAGCUCUCUGAACUUUAAGGAACUCAAGAAUCUGGAGACCAGGUUGGAGAAAGGUAUCAGCAGAAUCAGAUCCAAAAAGAAUGAAUUGCUGUUUGCUGAAAUCGAGUAUAUGCAAAAGAGGGAGAUUGAGCUCCAAAACAGUAACUUAUUUCUGCGAGCACAGAUAGCUGAGAAUGAGAGAGCCCAACAGCAAAUGAACCUGAUGCCAGGGUCUCAGUACGAGAGCGUGCCGCAGCAGCCAUACGACUCUCAAAACUUGCUCCCUGUUAACCUCCUGGACCCUAAUCACCAUUACUCUCGCCACGACCAAACAGCUCUCCAACUAGUGUGAGAAGCGGUGCUGUAUUUGUGGGUCUCUUCGUGGAGUAGAAUGGGAAUGAAGAGAUAUGUUUUCCUGCAGAUUGCAAGUGUAGUUAACUUUAUGUGAAGUGAUGGUGAGAAGCACUGUGUCCAAGUAGAGAAACAAGUGAGAGAGCCCUUUCCCAUUUUCUGAUAAAACUCUCUUUUUAAAUUACUCUGUUGCCUGCCACAAAUUAAGAAGAUGUAUUAAUUCAUCUUGUAUGACUGAAACACUGAAACUGGAGAUGAAACUGGAAACUACCUACAUUGCUUCAAUCCACUUGCUCCAAAUGCUUUAUUAA